GGCGGCACCGCCUCCUGCCGCCAGGACCCAUGCAGAAGAUCAAUAAGAACGCGGUGCUGGCACUCCUGUCCCUGACCAGCCUGGUUUUCCUUCUUUUCCAGCUCUACUAUUACAGGUUCUACCUAUCGCAGAAGAAUGGAGCAGUUUUUUCAAAAGUCAGAGGACGCCAAUCAGGCCAAGUCAGCGCUAGAUGGCAUGUGGUCAGGAAGUUCCUAGGCUUAAUAUCUAGUCACAAUAUACCAGUGUAUUUGAUUGAUCCUUUGGUUCUGGGACUGGUCGAUAAAGACAUUGAGCAGAUUAAAAGUUCACCUGGCGGCCCUAGUCUGGAAUGCAAGUACUUCUGUGCUCCAAGAGACUUCACUACGUUUGCUCUGUUGGACAAAACAUGGAAACAUGAAGUUGGCCUUUUUAGAACUGCUGAGAAAAUGGGGUUCCAGUGGCUGAAGAUUAUAAACAAGGACCCCCGCUUGGAUGGGAUGGAUGACCUGUCUGGGAUUGAAAUUCCCUUGCACUACAUAUUUAAACUGGCAUCUCAUGCCAUUCAUCUUGUGGUCUUCUAUGAGAGGAGCGGUAAUUAUCUCUGGCAUGGCCCCCUGAGACUUAAGCAACAUAUGGACAGAAAGUUUGUGCCUUUCCGGAAACUCCACUUUGGUCGCUACCCUGGAGCAUAUGAAAAACCAGAACUUCUGCUUAUUUCUAUUGAUGACUUAAAAGUUCAAAUUCCGAAAAAUCCAUCCAGUUUUCUAGAGGAGAUGUCACACUCUAGAUUUCUUGAAUGUAGGUACAGAGAAGCUCGAGCUUUCUUUCAGCUAUAUCCUGAUGAUGCCUCUCUUGAUGCAGUGGAGUUCAGAAAAAAAGCAAAAUCCUUGCUCCAUCUGGCUGCCCUGACACUGAAUAACUUGGGAGUAAAGUUCUGGCUGAGCAGUGGAACAUGCCUUGGCUGGUAUAGACAGUGCAAUGUUAUUCCCCACAGCAAAGAUGUGGAUUUGGGAGUCUUCAUAAGGGACUACAAAGCAGAUAUCAUUCCAGCAUUUCAGAAAGCAGGGUUACCACUGAAGCACAAAUUUGGCAAGGUAGAAGACAGCUUGGAACUCUCUUUCCAGGGAGAAGAUGAUGUGAAACUUGAUAUUUUUUUCUUCUAUGAAGAGGAUGACCACAUAUGGAAUGGAGGAACUCAGGCCAAAUCGGGCAAGAAAUUUAAGUAUCUCUUUCCAAAGUUUACUUUGUGUUGGACUGAAUUUGUAGAGCUCAAGGUACAUGUGCCCUGUGAAACCCUUCAGUAUGUUGAAGCCAACUAUGGCCCAGACUGGAAGAUUCCUGUGAAGACAUGGGACUGGAAGAGCUCACCAUCCAAUGUGCAGUACAAUGGUGUCUGGCCCAUUGAUGAAUGGGAUGAUGUCAUUCAAAUCUACUGAUGGCUUGACUCCUGAUAGAGGAUGCCUGCUGUCCUUGAAACUGUCAGUUUGUGUUUUCCUAAGGCAUCAAGAUCCAUUCCUUUUGUAAUUUCUCAUCUGUUUCCUAAGGAGACAUUUACCUUUUUUUUUACUUAACAGGUAUUUUUUUGCAUUUUCAUCAUGCAUUUUCCAAGCAGUUGAAGGAAAAUACUAAAGGCAGGACGUAGCAACUGAAGAGAAAGGAAGCUAAAAGAAAAGCUGCACAAAGAGAGUAGAGAAGAAAUGUUAUAGUAAACUUAUAGGCAGUUGGCUGUUUAAAUGUAUGCAGUGGCUAAGUGGUUUAGAUUUUUCUGGGAUCAUCAAAACCUUGGGACUCUUCACUUCUGAAGCUGAAGAGAGGACAGGAUGGAAAAAUCACAGAGGAGUUCCUUGUUAUUUCAUAGGAGAUCUGUGAAUAUUCAACUUAUUAUCUGUUGUUAUUCAAUAACAACAGAGUUAAUGGUGUUAAUGUGCUUGAUUUGAGACUGAUAUAUCCCUACGAUAUUUAGCAGAUUGCUCUUAGAAGUGGAAACUUUCUAUUACACAGAACACAUGAGCCAUCUGCUUUACAUGUAGAGUGUACUGGGUAAUGGCAAAAUACUGGAUGAAUGGAAGGAGAAAAUAUCCGCACCAGAGAUGUUGCGAUAACAGUUAGGUUUUUUUGUGACCUGACCACUUCAUGCAGUUAGGACAGAGAAUGUUAUCUGCUUUUUCCUUUCUUUUUUCUUUUUUUUUUUUUUUUUUUAGCUUUUUUAAAGAACUUGAAGGUGUAUGCCGAAGGGGUGUCUUCCCAGCAAAAAAGUAAAUAUUCUGGUUUUGCUGUCCCAGUUACUGUGUUCUCCGUGUAAAAAUUUUGACUAGAUUUUAGAAAAUUAUAGGUACCCCUGCUGACUUACAAGUAGGUAGAAAUGGGAGCAUUCAUAGUGUUUGCUGUUUAACAUGGGCUUGCAGAACAGAGAUCUCAGAAAACCAUAGCUCUUUUCUCUAAGCGUAAGGAGAUUGUGUACAAAUACCAACUGUUUCAUCAAAUUUGCAGUAUCAUAAUUGCAAGUGCAGUGUUAGACUAACAUUGGGCUUUGGGUUGGAAGAGAGUGGAAGCUUGACAGCUCUCUGCUCCUGCUUCUGCUUGUGCUUUUGGUCAAUAAAAUAACCUUUCUUCUUCAGUAUUUUGGAGAGGGAUAAUAGCUUUCUUAUGAGGGUGUGUCCCCUAAGUUUAAGCCAGUCCUGAUGUGCAGGGAAGACAAGGACUCUAGAGCAGCUAGUGAGUUACAGCUAUAAUACAUGGUACAGACUCAGGGGUACCUGUGAACCAGUGUCAAGCUACUGAAUGGAGGUCAUGUUUACUUGCAACAAGCCUGUAUUCAUUCUUUCCUUGCUAAAUAAAAAAGGCUAUCUAUGGGUUGCAGCUUUUCCACCUUUCACUGGGUAGAGAUAGGCUGAUUCUGUGGUUUGUGUUCUGUUGAUCUGUGGAUUUUGGCUGUGUAUUCAAAUGUAUGCAGUUCUGGAGAAAUGAAAUAGCUAUUGGCUCGUGGCAGUUUUAUUACUGUAUCGUUCCAGAUGCAUUCUGGAGGUUCCCUGCUUUUUUGAUCCUGAAGCAUGCUCUAUGCUUUCUCCUGCCACUGCUCUCUGUUCCAGAAGUCUUCUGGCACUGAAACACUGGAAUAAUUUAUUCAGCUUCUGGCAACAAUUUGUCAUGAUGGCUCUUCAAUUCGUAUGGUAACUAUGUUAACUUUGCCUAAUUAAGAAGAGAAAGAUGUAAAAUCCUGCUAAUGACAUUUAUUCAGUAAGGUAAACAUUACAUCAUAAGGGAUAAUUUCAGGUAGAAUUUCCACUUCGUUAAAGUGGAAAAAAGCCCAUGUCCUUAUGGUUUUCAUGUUCAGAACUCUGUUGUCAUGAACUUCUUUGUUUGGUAACAUACAAUAAGCCUGUAUGUUUAUCAAACGUGAGAAACUUUUAGGAGAAAAAAGAUGCUAUCAGAAAUUUAUAAUUAUGACAAUUUUUUGACUUUGUAUUUGCAAAUGGAAAGACUAGUGGAAAAAAAUGCAUGUCACUGAAAGGCAGAAUGUCUUAAAUAGUUGAUUAUACCUGUAAGUUAUUCUUCAGGUUAAAACAUUUUCUCUUCAGGGGAUACAAGUGUAUAUUUAACACUGAUUAAAAGAAGAGUAAAAUUUGCAACUGAAGAUGUUGUUUCAUCCUUUGUUUUGUCAUCUUGGGCAGCAUUUAACACACUUCAUUGUGGUUUCUGUGACCUACCACAGUGUAAAAUUUAGGACUUUCUUAUUGACCGUCUCUCUUGAGAGUUUGGGUUUUUUUAAAUAAAGGUACUUGGA